UCACGCUGACGUACUUCAGGAAGAGCUGCGCUGAACGUAUUUGUUUACCACUAGUUCUUUAUACGUAAAUGAACGUUAAAUACACAGAAACGGUGGACGCGGAGCAUUUUACGACGAUCAGCGACGUCAAAUCCCGCCAGGAUUAGGUUUUAAAAAAAAAGAAAAGAAAAGUGGAGUGAGUGGAUCGUCAAUCGCUAAUUGACGAUCUUUGUCCAAUGUGAGCCGUCGUGUUCGUCGGCCAGCAGCCAGCCAAGUUUCAGCGGAAGCCCAGCGGCACCAUGGGGAAGAAACAGAAGAAAUCCGGGGAGGACAGUGCCAAAGAUGACGGCGUGGACAUCGACGCUCUGGCUGCGGAGAUCGAAGGCACCGGGGCGUCCAGACAGCCGAAGGGGAAGAACCCCAAGAAGGCCAGGGCAAAAUUUGACGAGGACGACAUCCUGAAGGAGCUGGAGGAGCUUUCUCUGGAGGCCCAGGGAGGAAAGGCUAAGAAAACCGACGCAGAGGAGGUAGAAGCCCCGGAGCCUCCCAGACCAGAGAAGAAGAAGACCAGGAAGGGGAAGAAAGGCGGAGCCGGUCCUGAGGAUGAGGAGGCCGAGGACGGCGGCCAUGUUGACGGGGAGAAGAACGGAGAGCAGAAGGAGAAGAGCAAGGCGCCUCCCGCUGCUCCGCCCUCAGACUCCGACGACAACAGCUCCUCGCACUCCCACGCCAAGGCCAAAGGAGGAAAGAAAGGAGGGAAGAAGGCGUCGGCGUCCGACGACGAGGAGCCCCAGGAGGCAGAAGUGAAGAAAGAAGGCGGAGGCGGGGGGAAGGAGGACGAGUCCGAGGACGACGACGAGUUCAGCUUCAAGAGAGACAAGAAGAAGAAGAACAAGGGGAAGGGCGCGAAGGCGGAGAGCGACCGCGAGGAGGAGCAGGACGAGGAGGCGGGAGGCUUCAAGAUCAAGACGGCGGCGCAGAAGAAGGCGGAGAAGAAGGAGAGGGACAAGAAGAAGAAGGAGGAGGAGAGGAUGAAGCAGAAGAAGAUGAAGGAGAAGGAGGCACCCGCUGAGGGGAAACCAGAGCCGGAGAACAAGGCGGCCGAGGCGGCGCCUCCUCAGCCGGCGCCCUCUGAAGCUGUGGCGGAGGAGCAGGAAGGAGCGGAGGAGGAGAACGAGGGAGACAAGAAGAAGAAGAAAAAGAAGGAGAAGAAGAAGGAGGAGAAGGGAGAUGACGACAAGAAGAAGAAGGGCCCCAGCAAGGCCACGGUGAAGGCCAUGCAGGAGGCUCUGGCCAAGAUGAAGGAGGAGGAGGAGCGAGCCAGACGAGAGGAGGAGGAGCGGCUGAGGAGGCUGGAGGAGCUGGAGCAACAGAGGCUGGAGCAGGAGCGGCUGGAGCAGGAGCGCAAGGAGAAGAAGAAGCAGAAGGAGAAGGAGAGGAAGGAGCGGCUGAAGAAGGAGGGCAAGCUGCUCACCAAGACUCAGAGGGAGGCUCGGGCUCGGGCUGAGGCCACGCUCAAACUGCUGCAGGCUCAGGGUAUUGAGGUGCCAUCCAAAGACGGCGUGCCAAAGAAGAAGCCGGUUUACAGAGACAUCAGGAAGAAGAAGCCCACUGCUCAGUCCCCUGAAGAAACGUCCGAGGUCACGUCUGUGGUCUCGGAGACGCCGGAGCCCGUUCCCAUGGAAGCGGAGGCUGAGGCGCCGGCUGCCGAGCCAGAGCCGAAGGCGGACGCCGACCUGGACGACUGGGAGGCCAUGGCCAGCGACGAGGAGAAAGAGAGGAAGAGGCGACGUGCAGCAGAGCUGAAGAAAGUCCACAUUGAGGUGAAAGAGGAGAAGACGGCGGCUCCUGGUCAUCAGCCCGCAGCCAGCGACGAAGAGGAGGAGGAGGAGGAAGAGGAGGAGGAGGACGAAGAAGAGGAAGAGGAGGAGAGCGAGGAGGAAGGCGAGGCGGAGAAGGAGCCGACUCCGGCGGCUCACGGCAGGAGGAGGCCGCCGAGCGACGAGGAGAGCAGCGAGAGCAGCGAAGACGACGACCGGACGAAGGAGGAGCGGCUGUACGACCGAGCCAAGAAGAGGAUCGAGAAACGCAGAGCGGAGAACCAGAGGAACGUGGACCUGGACCGGCUUAGGGCGCCCGUGGUGUGCGUCCUGGGACACGUGGACACGGGGAAGACAAAGAUCCUGGACAAGCUCCGACACACCCACGUCCAGGACGGGGAGGCCGGAGGCAUCACCCAGCAGAUCGGAGCCACCAACGUCCCCAAGGAGACCAUCGAGGAGCAAACCAAGAUGGUCAAAAACUUUGACAGAGAGAACGUGAGGAUCCCCGGCAUGCUGAUCAUCGACACGCCGGGACACGAGUCCUUCAGCAACCUGAGGAACAGAGGCAGCUCUCUGUGCGACAUCGCCAUCCUGGUGGUGGACAUCAUGCACGGCCUGGAGCCUCAGACCAUCGAGUCCAUCAACCUGCUGAAGGAGAAGAAGUGUCCCUUCAUCGUCGCUCUGAACAAGAUCGACCGACUGUACGACUGGAAGAAGAGCCCGGACACGGACGUGGUGGCCACGCUGAAGAAGCAGAAGAAGAACACAAAGGACGAGUUCGACGAGAGAACCAAGUCCAUCAUCGUUGAGUUCGCCCAGCAGAGUCUGAACGCCGCCUUGUUCUACGAGAACAAAGACCCGCGCACCUUCGUGUCGAUGGUGCCCACCUCGGCCCACAGCGGCGACGGCAUGGGGAACCUGAUCGCUCUGCUGGUGGAGCUCACCCAGACCAUGCUGGCCCGCCGCCUGGCGCACAGCGACGAGCUGCGAGCUCAGGUCAUGGAGGUGAAAGCUCUGCCCGGCAUGGGGACCACGAUAGACGUCAUCCUGAUCAACGGCACGCUGCGGGAGGGCGAGACCAUCAUCGUCCCGGGGGUGGAGGGCCCCAUCGUCACGCAGAUCAGGGGCCUGCUGCUGCCGCCGCCGCUGAAGGAGCUCCGGGUCAAAAGCCAGUACGAGAAGCACAAGGAGGUGUCGACGUCUCAGGGAGUGAAGAUUCUGGGGAAAGACUUGGAGAAGACCCUGGCGGGGCUCCCCCUGCUGGUGGCCCACCGGGAAGACGAGAUCCCCGUCCUCAGGGACGAGCUGGUGAAGGAGCUGAAGCAGACGCUGAGCUGCAUCAAGCUGGAGGAGAAGGGCGUUUAUGUGCAGGCGUCUACGCUGGGCUCCCUGGAGGCGCUGCUGGAGUUCCUGAGGACCUCCAAAGUCCCGUACGCCGGCAUCAACAUCGGCCCCGUUCACAGGAAGGACGUCAUGAAGGCGUCGACCAUGUUGGAGCACGACCCGCAGUACGCCGUCAUCCUGGCGUUCGACGUGAAGGUGGAGCGGGAGAGUCAGGAGAUGGCCGACAGCCUGGGGGUCCGGAUCUUCUCGGCGGAGAUCAUCUACCACCUGUUUGACGCCUUCACCAAAUACCGGGAGGACUACAAGAAGUCCAAGCAGGAGGAGUUCAAGCACAUCGCCGUGUUCCCAGCGAAGCUCCGGGUCCUCCCCCAGUUCAUCUUCAACUCCAGAGACCCCAUCGUGAUGGGCGUGUCCGUGGAGGCGGGGAUCCUGAAGCAGGGGACGCCGCUCUGCGUGCCCAGCAAGGGGUUCGUGGAGAUCGGCGUGGUCACCAGCAUCGAGAUGAACCACAAGGCCGUCGACACGGCCAAGAAAGGCCAGGAGAUCUGCGUCAAGAUCGAGCCCAUCCCCGGAGAGUCUCCCAAGAUGUACGGCCGCCAUUUUGAAGCGACGGACAUCAUCGUCAGCAAGAUCACGCGAGCGUCCAUCGACGCCCUGAAGAACUGGUUCAGGGACGAGAUGCAGAAAUCUGACUGGCAGCUGAUCAUGGAGCUGAAGAAGACCUUUGAGAUCAUCUGAAGGACCCGAAACACGACAACACAAACCCACCAAACAAACUCUUCCUCCGGCAGCCGACGAGGAAGUCACGGGGCAACAACAACAACAACAACAAAAACAAAAAAAUAGAGAAAAAACAAAAACAAAAGAGAAACGGCAACGAAGUGAAAGUGUUUUUCUGUGAGAAACGACGAGUUUUUCCACUGUUGUAAACAGUGAUAGCUUAGACACUCGCUCAGUAUUCCAACGUGCCUGUUCUUCAGCAUCAUCGUUCUUCUUCUUGGUCCCUGCUCUCUGGUGUGCUGCUUCCUGCCCCAGGCUCCGCCCCCUUUUCUCUCCCCAGCGAGGACACGGCGGCGGGCGUCUCCGGGCGGAACGUGGAGGAAACGUCCAUCUCUGCAGCGGCAGAGACCGCGUCGGCUUCAGACUCUUCAGAGGCCGCGUUGGCUUUAGCUCGGCUGCUCGUCACGGCGGCCAUGUUGAAACGCAGGGAGGAGGGGGUGGAGAAGAUUAUAAACUGUUUUUGCUGCGAUGCUGGUGUAAUAAAUUCCCAUGAUUCUAAUAAAA